AUGGCUUCCGAAGAACCCAAGAGGACGGGCCCCGAUGACCGGUACGAGGAGCCUCCGGAACCCGAGCCGGAGAGUGAGAGCGAGGACGACAGUGAAAGUGAGAGUGAGAGUGAGAGCGAGAGCGGGAGCGGAAGUGGGAGCGGGAGAGCUCCGGUGCGGGCUCCGACGAAUGCGACCGCCGCCAGCGCCACAAGCAGCGCGUCCAGGAGGCUGCCGCCGCCGCCGAAGCCGAACCUCAUGGCCCGGCUGGGCCUCGACGCGCCGACGCUCAUCAUGAUGUUCAAGGGCUCGCUGCCGCCGCUGAUCGGCGUCGCCAUGUACCAGUCGACGCCCGUCGCGCAGUACUUCGCGACGCUGGGCUACCUCGUGCCCAUCAUCUCGGUGCUCGCCCUGGCCAUCCUGCCGCGGGGCAAGUACCUGCAGAACCUCGUCCUGAACGUCGUCGGCAUCCUCAUCGGCGGCGCCCUCUCCAUGCUGGCGCUGUGGACCGGCGUGCGGGCCCGGCGCAACACGGCCUCGGCCGAGGAGCUGGCCACCGGCCUGCCCGUCUACAACUCGAGCCAGUCGGUCGUCUGCGGCAUCUGGCUCUUCUUCAACAUCUGGAUCUCCAACACGCUGCGGGCCAAGUUCCCGGCCAUGAAUCUGCCCGUCAUGAUCUACUCCAUCUUCAUGAACGUCGCCUGCACCUUUGGCCCGCUGAUGGUGACCACCGCGUCGGCCGAGUCGUUCGUGCGGCGCCUGCUCGUCGCCAUGCUCUGCGCCAUGGGCAUCGCCACGGGCGUCUCGCUCCUUGUGUUCCCCGUCUCGAGCCGCAAGGUCGUGAGCGCCGAGUUCAACGGCGCCAUCGGCCUCGUCCGCAAGUCCAUCCGGCUGCAGCUCAACUACCUGCAGACCCUGUCGAGCCCAGACAUGCUGGAGCGUCACGAGACCAAGAGCAGCAGCGUCUUCAGGAAGAACAACAGCAACAAGAAGAAGAAGAAGAAGACGAAGAAGGAAAAGAGGCCCGAACUGACAAAGGAGGCAAAGGCGGCCGCCGAGGUCAAGGCCACGGCGCUGGCCAUCUCGGCGCUGUUCGGAAAGAUGCACGGCGACAUCCUGUUCGCCAAGCGGGACAUUGCGUACGGCAAGCUCAACUCCAAGGACAUUGGCGAGAUCUACAACCGGCUGCGGAGCAUCAUGAUCCCCCUCAACGGCAUCAGCACCAUCGUCGACAUCUUCCGGCGCGCGGCCGACAAGCACGGAUGGGGCGUCGAAGCAGGAGGAGGAGGAGGAGGAGCGGGGGACACGGACGCCGAGAAGAGCCGGGAGAAGAGGGUGUGGAACGAGAUCAUGGAGCAGCUGCACGAGCCGUACGAGAUCCUCACCGAGGCCAUGGACCAGGCUCUCGAACACGCCGCCAUCGUGCUGGAACUCGCGCCGAGGCCGAAGCAGAAGAAGACGAAGACCAGCACGACGACCCAGACGGCGGCCGACGUCGACGUCGAGAAGGACGCCGGGGCCAAGAACGGCGGCGCGCAGCCCGGAGACGCCGGGUUCGCCGAGGUGCUCGCCAGCAGGGUGCAGGACUUCAACGACAAGAAGGGCGAGAUGCUCCGGACGUGGCUGCGCGAGAGGCAGCUGGCGACGGAGCAGGAACGGCGGGACCUCAAGCUCAAGCGGCUCGAGACGCGGAUGCGCGAGCGCGACCAGACGCAGCUCUACGUGAUGCUGUACAUGGAGCAGCUCAUGCUGGCGCUCGGCGAGGCGGUGCAGGACCUCGUGCUCUUCGCCGACUCCAAGGUGGCGGACGGCACGAUGGCGCGCAAGCGGCUCAUCGUGCCGUCGCAGAAGCGGCUCAAGAAGUGGUUCCGCGGCGUCUGCAGCACCGAGGACGCGUCGCCGGAGCAGACGCCGGACGUGGCCGAGAUGGGGGCCAACAUCGUGUACGCGGGCGACGGGUACAACAAGAAGAAGGACCCGGAGCACCUGCCGGCGCACGGCGCGUGGCAGCACCUCGGCAACGCGGUCCGGCGGUUCUCGGGCUUCGUCGGGUCCGGCGAGUCCAUGUUCGGGUUCCGGGUGGCCGUGGCGACCAUGACCAUCGGCAUCAUGGCCUUCCUGCGGAGCACGCAGACCUUCUUCAACGAGCAGCGCCUCGUGUGGGCCAUGAUCAUGAUCGCCAUCGGCAUGACCAUCACGGCGGGGCAGUCCAUCUUCGGCUUCGUGUGCCGCGUGGGCGGCACCUGCGUGGCCGUCGUCUUCUCCUACAUCAUCUGGUACAUCGUCGUCGAGCGCACCGCCGGCGUCAUCGUGUUCCUGUGGCUCUUCAUCUUCGUCGAGCAGUACUUCGUGCUCAAGUACCCGCGCUUCAUGCCCGUCUGGCUCAUCACCAUCAUCACCCAGGUGCUCAUCAUCGGCUACGAGCUGCAGGUCCAGAAGAUCGGCGAGGCCGCCGCCGCCGCCACGGGCCAGCCGUACCUCCCGACCUACCUGCUGGCCCCGUACCGCCUCGCCUGCGUCGCCGCCGGCUGCGCCGUGGCCUUCAUCUGGACCAUCUUCCCGGCGCCCAUGACGGACCGCCGCUGGCUCCGCCGCGACCUCAGCGCCUCGCUGUACCUCCUGGCCAACUACUUCAGCGUCGUCACCGAGACCAUCAAGGCCACCAUGGAGGAGACCCACGGCGACAUCAAGCGGCCCGGCUCGCCCGCCCACAAGAUGGAGAAGGAGAGGCGCCGCAUCCUCGGCAAGCUGCUGCUGCUGCUGCCCAGCCUCGACAGCCACGCUCAGUGGCAGCGCUGGGAGCCCGACAUCGGCGGCAAGUUCCCGCGCGCCACCUACGAGGACAUCAUCCGCCGUUCCACGAGCAUCAUGCGCUACCUCACCCUCAUCGCCUACACCAUCACCUGGAAGCCCCGCGACGGCCGCAGCCACCACGCCGCCAGGCCGUCCACCGCCGCCUCCUCCGACACCGACCCCGACCGCCAGUGGCUCCGCGCCCUGAACCAGGUCCUCGCCGGCAUCGAGCCGACUCAGCACACCAUCCUCUCCACCCUCACCCUGCUCUCCAACUCGAUGCUCUCGGGCCAGUCCCUGCCGCCUUUCAUGCAGCUGCCGCGGCCCAACGAGCUCACCCGGAAACUGCUUCACCUCCGCGGGCCGGAACCAGAUGAGAGCCAGGGCCAGGACCAGGACCAGGGUCAGGGUCAGGGUCAGGGCAUCAUCCAACGACGGGGCAGCGAGCUUGAGCACCGGCUCGUCACGGUCAACACCCGCACGGGCACCGAGGUUCGGUCGUCGGCGGCGGCGCGGAAGCCCAGCGUCGUCGAGUCGCCCGUCAGCGACGCGUCGACGGUCGCCAGCGCGGGCAUGGCGGAGCUGACGGAGAUGAUCAGCCCGCUCGGCAGCGGCAGCAUCCUCGACGUGAGGAACGUCGAGCAGCACGGCUACACCGAGUUCGCCGUGCUGCAGGUCUGCAGCUCGCUCGUGUGCGACGACCUCGAGGGCCUCGUCCGCUCCGUCAGCAGCCUGGUGGGCGUUGUCGACUUCAGCUUCCGCGUCAACCACAGCGAGGCGUCCAUCUCGACCACGGACGAGGAGGACGCGAAGGGCAAGGGGAAACGCGAUUGA